GGUGUGAAUACCGAUUAAAAAAAAAUUAAAAAUUUCCGUACUCAAAAUAGGUGUAAGGCCCCGUUUCAGAACACCUUUUUAAAAAAUAAGUACUUAUUUCACAUUUUCAAACUCAAAAAUAAUGUAAAUGAAAAAUAAUUUUUCAAUUUUUUUUUACAUCGUAUUAAAGAUCUCAAUGAUCUAUCAAACAAGAUCCAUAUUGCAUAUUUUUAAAUUUCAAUAAGCUUAUAAUUUUUAAUCUUAAAAUUACUUUAUUAAAAAAUAAAAACUUAAAACCCGUUUUGGAAUGGGGUUAAGUCUUCAGUUAUUUGCUGCAGAGGGAGAGGGGGGAGAUGGAACACAAAACAUAAAGUAGAGAAAGAGAGUUUUAACCAAAAAUAAAAAAAAGUAGAGAGAGAGAGAGAGAGAGAGAGAGAGAUGAGGCAGCCGUCACAAGCAUCGACAUCAUCGGCAACAGCAAAAGUGACGCCGUGUUGCAGCAAGGUGGGGUUAAAGAGGGGGCCGUGGACGGCGGAGGAAGACGAGGUGUUGGGUAACUACAUUAGAAAAGAAGGUGAAGGGCGUUGGAGGACGCUGCCCAAGAGGGCCGGGCUUCUCCGCUGCGGCAAGAGCUGCCGUCUACGCUGGAUGAAUUACCUCCGUCCCAACGUCAAGCGCGGCCACAUCGCCCCUGACGAGGAGGAUCUCAUCCUCCGCCUCCACCGCCUACUCGGCAACAGGUGGUCGCUGAUUGCGGGGAGAAUUCCUGGACGGACAGAUAACGAGAUAAAGAACUAUUGGAACACCCACCUAAGCAAGAAGCUGAUCAACCAAGGAAUUGAUCCCAGAACUCACAAGCCAUUAAUCACCACUCCUACUUCACCUACUUCGGCAGAUCAAGACAAACCCAGAUCUUCCUCCUCCAAAGCCAAUUACCGCACCCGGAACCCUCACCGCAAUCCUAAUCUAGUUACUUCAACUUUGGAAGAUGAUCAAGUUCUCAAUAACGGAAAUGAUGGGUAUUACCACGGCAGUGUUAAUUUGCAGAAUGGUGAUGUUGUUUCUGGAAAUGAGGAACAAGAAGACGACGAAAUCAACUACGGUGCCGAUGAUGUCUUCAUGUCUUCUUUCUUGAACUCACUGAUCAAUGAAGACGUGUUCAGUGCUCAAAACCAUCAUUUGCACCAAAUGAGUAGUAAUAUUGGGAUUACUGCUCCUGCUCCCGCUGCUCCCGCUGCUACUGGUUCUUCUGAUUCUUUGAUGUCUCAUCCUUCGGCUUUUGCCUUUGGAGCUGGAUGGGAAAAUCCAAUCAUGUCCUCCGGGUAUAAUGGUUUCAAUCAAAAUGAGCCCAAGAAGUUGAAUCAUGCAUGAUCCUGCAACAUUGCGGUAGUUUAUGAGAAUGUUAUAGGCUAGGGUUUGCAGUAGUAUUAUUUCAUGUAUGUCAGUGUGUGAAUCAUUCAGUGUGCUUCUACUUCAUUGGCUUUCGCUAUAUAUAUAUUUUUUGAUCGGCUUGGCUUUCGCCUUUCGCCAUAUUGUUGUGGUAUAAUUUCUUUUCUCAUGUGGUUGUGCUUGUAUGUUUGUAUUUUGAGGAACGAACUAUAUAUGCAUCAAAGUAGUACUGCUGGUGUGUACGUAUGUGUUUGGAAUGUAUAAUAAGAAGAUCAAAGGAAUUUCUAUUGUA